AUUAAACUGAACUGUAUGCAUAUAUAUAUAUAUAUAUUCAUGCAGGGGAAAAGAAACAUCAACAAGAAGAAGAACGCAAUGGUGGUAACCAUUGAAAAAAUAGCACAAUACACGCAAAUCUAUCUAUCGAAAUUUUAUUGGUUCUAAAUAAAAUCAAUAUUUAACCAAUGAAACGUGAAAAUACAAAAAAAAAGAAAAAGAAAACCAUAGCUUUUGUAUAACUAACUUUUAAGUUCCAGUGGUAAUCUGUUAUUGUUGUUAUCGUUAUUGAGCGAUAGAAGUGUAUAUAUUACUUAACCGAUUCAGGAAAUAUUCUAACGGAUUAAUAAUAUUUGAGGAGUAAAGAAUAUAUGUAUACAUAGUUCAUGGUAAUAACUACGAAAGAAACAAUAUAAACCUACAGAAAAGUAUUUGUGAACAAAAUUUAAAAAUCUAUUUAAGUAUAUAUUAUUAGACAGAUAAUGAGUCAGCAACAAUUUCUUAUAACGCGGUUACCCGAGAAAAUUAUGCUACAAAUUUUCUCACAUCUAACUCAUCCAGAAUUAUGCAAUAUCGCACGUGUAUGCAAAAUGUGGCGUCGCUUGGCAUAUGAUCAGUCAUUGUGGCAGUCAUUGAAUUUACGUCCUGAGUAUGGUGGAAUAUUUGUAAGAUCAAUUGAUGAACUACUAAAUCUUAUUCACCAUCGAUCUGGAAGUGGAUUAAAACGCAUUGAACUAUCGAGUGAUUUAGUGACUAUACCUGUUUUAGAAGAAUUGGGCAAUCGAUGUCCUAAUCUACGUUAUUUAACUUUAGAUUUUAGUAAUGCUAUGCAACUACAUGAUUUCAAUGAGUUAGCUGCAUUUCCUUCAUCGAUUAAAUACUUAUGCAUUUGUUUAAGUGAUGUUAUAUUUAUGGAGGGAUUAAUGAGAAAAAUUUAUCCUUGUCUGUCAGCAGUUGAAGUUUUACAUUUGAUUGGUACAUUCGAAUUAGCCACAGAGGAAGAGGAAGAAAUCUAUGAGGUGAUCAAUAUUAGUAAAAUCAAAGCGCAUACGCCUAAUUUACGCGUCGUCAACUUAUUCGGCAUUAAUUUCAUUGAAGAUAGUCAUGUGGAACUGUUAGCCAGUAAUUGUAUCCAUUUGGAGUGUGUUGCAUUGAAUUUUUGUUUACAUGUUAAAGGAUCAUCAUUUGCAUUGUUGAUAGCAAAUUGUAAAAAGCUUAAAACGUUACUUCUUGAACACUGUGGUCUUCAAGAUGACUAUAUGAUGGCUGCACCAUGGGAAAAUUCUGGCAUAUGUGAACUGGAUAUUACGUCUACAGAAUUAUCUGCAGAAUGUCUUGAAAAUUUCCUUAUGCGUAUCCCAUAUUUCACUUAUCUAGCCGCUGGUCAUACAGACUUCUUCACUGAUCAGAUUCUGAAUACACUGUGUGAAAUGGGCAAAUUCAAACAAAUCAAGGCAAUUGACUUAAGUCAUACACCAGCAUUGGGUGAGCAAUCAAUAACAAAUUUCUUGAAAACUCAUGGUCAUCAGUUACAUGGUCUUAUGUUACAUGGAAAAGCUACUUUAGCUGAAUAUUUCUGGACAACAGUUAUUCCAUAUCUUGGAUCAAUAAAAGUAUGUGUCCUCGGAGCAUCCCAUGGAUGGUUUUUUAAAUAUAAUACUCGAGUGCAUAUUGAUAAAGUACUUGAAGGUUUUGCUGGAUGUUGUCCAAAUUUAGAAGCAUUAGAAAUACAAUGGGAUCCAGAUACUAUUCGUUUCAGUGAUAAGAGUAGAAAAUUUAUCGAUCGAAUAAGAAUCAAAUGUCCUCGAUUGAAGUCUUUAACUCUUAGUGAUGGUAAAUAUUAUGAAAUGGUUAAAGGAAAUUUUGAGAGAGCAGAAUGUCCACGUGUUGUACGUACUACUACAACAUAUAAUACAAGUAUUAUAAGCCUUUUGGAACGUUAUAAAGAUUUGAGAUUUAAUUGAAUUACAAGUUCUUAUUUAAACACACAUUAUGUUAUAUUCCAGUAAACUUUCUGGACAUCAGUCAGAAAACAUUUAUCUGAAAUGUAGAAAAAUAUGAAUUUUACUGUGUACAACAAAAAUGAACAUUUUUUCCUAAGGAUUUAGUAAAAAAAUCCAACAAUGAAGAAAUUGAACAUUUAACAAAAUUUAACGGCAAAUUUCAAUUUCGUCCAGAACUCAGGAUGGUGCCUAUCAUAAGUUAUAUGUAUGCUAAUUCACAUAUUUUCAGAUAUUUUUUCGUUUACUAAUGCUCUUCUCAAGUCUUAUUCUGUUUAAAUUUUCCUUCAUGAAUUGUUUUGUUUUGUUAAAGUAGGAAUUUUCAAAUCUUUACUUGUAAUUAUUUAACUUUUACUUUGUACAACCAUUUUUCAUGUAUCAGAAUGAAAGUGAAUCAAAGUGAAGGAACUUUAAUGUUCGUUGACAAGUGAUUUAUAGUUCUUCACUUUAUUACUUCUUAUAGAAUAAUGAAUAAAUUGUAAUAAAUAAAGGAAACUCUUACGUAGCUGAAACCAUCUCUAGGAAGGAUAUCUUGUGAAAAAAUAUUAGUCCGCUGGAAAACAGUGAAAAUGAAGGAGUAGUGUUAUGCAACGAAUACAUGAAAGAAAAAGCUAACCAUUUUAGAUUUAUUCAUAUAUAGAUUGGUUUCAUAUUUCAAUUUAUUAAAAUAAAUAAUUAUUUUACUGACUGUUUUCC